GGCUCCCCGCCCUGACUGGGGUCUCCGCGGGAGCAGCGCCGCGGCUGGCGAGCGGCGUUCGUCCCCCGGGACCCGAGCGCGCCGCCUCGGCCGGGGACCGCCACGGCCCGCGGGCAGGGGGCGUAUGCAAACAACCGAAGCCCCGAGCUCCCGAUUGGUCGGUCCGAGGCCUCCUGGUGCCGCCGUGCGCCCGCGGCCGGCGCGGGGGACAUGCGGGCGGGGCCCGCGCGCGCCUGAGGAUGGGGACGCAGGGCAGCCCGGUCAAGAGCUACGACUACCUGCUCAAGUUCCUGCUGGUGGGCGACAGCGACGUGGGCAAGGGCGAGAUCCUGGAGAGCCUGCAGGACGGCGCGGCCGAGUCCCCGUACGCCUACAGCAACGGAAUCGACUAUAAGACGACCACCAUCCUGCUGGAUGGACGGCGGGUCAAGCUGGAGCUCUGGGACACCUCGGGCCAGGGCAGGUUCUGCACCAUCUUCAGGUCCUACUCCAGAGGUGCGCAGGGGAUCCUCCUGGUCUAUGACAUCACCAACCGCUGGUCCUUUGACGGCAUCGACCGGUGGAUCAAGGAGAUCGAUGAGCAUGCACCUGGCGUCCCCCGGAUCCUGGUUGGGAACCGGCUGCACCUGGCCUUCAAGCGGCAAGUGCCCACGGAGCAGGCGCGGGCAUACGCAGAGAAGAACGGAAUGACCUUCUUCGAGGUCAGCCCGUUGUGCAACUUCAACGUCAUCGAGUCAUUCACCGAGCUGUCCCGUAUCGUGCUCAUGCGGCACGGCAUGGAGAAGAUCUGGAGGCCCAAUCGGGUGUUCAGCCUGCAGGACCUCUGCUGUCGGGCCAUCGUCUCCUGCACCCCCGUGCACCUCAUCGACAAGCUCCCGCUGCCCGUCACCAUCAAGAGCCAUCUCAAGUCCUUCUCCAUGGCCAACGGCAUGAAUGCCGUCAUGAUGCACGGGCGCUCCUACUCGCUGGCCAGCGGGGCGGGCGGCAGCAGCAGCAAAGGCAACAGCCUCAAGAGAUCUAAGUCCAUCCGCCCCCCCCAGAGCCCGCCUCAGAACUGCUCGAGGAGCAACUGCAAGAUCUCCUAGCGGGGCAGGCUGGGCGCCACCCUGUCCAGGGCACUCUGGGAGAGGUCAUGCUCGGGGAACGCUUCUGGCUGGGCACUGGCAGGCGCGGUGUGCGGGGGAGGCUUGGCCACAGCGCCUCCCGGGAAGUGCAGUGGUCUCUGUCAGACCAGUUCUGUGGGACCAGAGAGCCGCAGGAGCCUCGGGGGGCAAGCCUGGGCCCCCACGGGGUGGGGUGCGCGGCAGGGAAGCGCUCAGGAGGCAGCCGUGCCUGGCCUGGGCCUCGGGGGCCGUCUGUGAGGACCCGGAGGCCUGGCUCCCUUUUCUUAUUUAUAUGGAAGUUGUUCACCUUUUUGUACAUUUUUAAAGGACGGGCAGGGACCUGUGACGCAGCCACGUGGGGGGCCUGUCUGCUGUGGGACAUUUGGAGGGGGAGCACCCCCCCCUUAGGGCUCCAACCUGGGAAUUCAUAGACACUUCCUGCCCCGCGAUCUGCUCGGCGUGGCCGCCUCGUCCCCGGCUCCCCCCAGAGUGCUGGUGCUCGUCCGAGGGGACAGCGGCCUCCAGCGCCGUCACUUCCACUUAUAUUCCCAUUGCCGCAUGAAGCUGAGGCACAGGGUGGGGCUGUCCGGGUGCCCCUGACCCGCCCCGGCCUCCGGGGCACCUGGCUUCUGCUCCCUGGCUUCCGUGCACCGAGCCCUCUGGGGCACAACUCCCCAGGGCCACCCUGACCUGGGUCUCCAUGACGCUGCCUGGACUGUUCCCGGCAGGGACGCCGAGCCCCCGGAGCGGCCGGCAGCCAGCCCUGAGCAGGAGGCCUGGCCCCUCCUGCCGCCUGCGUGGCGGCUUGGCCACCGGUUCCACUGGUGCUCAGCUCUACCUCCUACUCACAGCCGCGCCCCGGGCUCCAGGACCCCUCCCGCUGGGUGCUGGGAGCGGGGCGGGGGUCGCGGGGCAGGCAGGGAAGGCCACACCUGUCCCGUCCUGCCAACCAGCCCCUCUCUUCGGACUUUGAACCCAAGCACCCGGACGUCGUCUCAAGGAGUGGACGGCCCUGUGUUCGCUCUGUCAACACUACCCUUCGCUGCUGUCGGACGCACCAUUCCUGUGCUCACUUUGGACGGUUUUCAUUUCUUUGUACAGUAAAUGUGAUUCAGCUCUGA